GACAGCAGCAGGGGCAGCCGAAGAAUUCGAGGAGCGCCGGCCGGAGCGCACGGAGGGGCCGUGCGGUCUCCACCAGCGGCCAUAGGACCGCGAAGCAGUUUUAGCCCACUCGCUCGCGCGUUCGCAAACCGGACUUUCGCCGAGUGCCAGGACGCAGCGCGUGGGGCGUCUGCCUCGCUUGGUCCCUUCCAGCGUCACCAUGCUGCCGCCACAGCUGUGCUGGCUGCCCCUGCUCGCUGCGUUGCUGCCGCCGGUGCCUGCACAGAAGUUCUCGGCGCUCACGUUCUUGAGAGUCGAUCAAGACAAAGACAGAGACUGCAGUCUGGACUGCCCAAGCUCCCCUCAGAAGCCACUCUGCGCCUCCGAUGGGAGGACCUUCCUGUCCCGAUGUGAGUUCCAGCGAGCCAAAUGCAAAGACCCACAGCUGGAGAUUGCCCACCGUGGGAACUGCAAAGAUGUGUCCAGGUGUGUGGCUGAGAGGAAGUACACCCAGGAGCAGGCCCGGAAGGAGCUCCAGCAGGUGUUCAUUCCAGAAUGCAAUGAUGAUGGCACCUAUAGCCAGGUCCAGUGUCACAGCUACACAGGAUACUGUUGGUGUGUUACCCCAAAUGGGAGGCCCAUCAGUGGCACUGCUGUGGCCCACAAGACACCCAGGUGCCCCGGGUCAAUAAAUGAGAAGCUGCCCCAGCGGGAAGGUGCAGGGAAAGCAGUCUCCUUGCAAAUCUUUUCCGUUCUGAAUUCAGAUGAUGCUGCAGCCCCAGCAUUGGAGACUCAGCCCCAAGGAGAUGAAGAAGACAUUGCCUCACGGUACCCUACGCUCUGGACUGAGCAAGUGAAGAGUCGGCAGAACAAGACCAAUAAAAAUGCAGCAUCCUCCUGUGACCAGGAGCACCAGUCAGCUCUUGAGGAAGCCAAGCAACCCAAGAACGACAAUGUGGUGAUCCCCGAGUGUGCGCACGGAGGCCUCUACAAACCAGUGCAAUGCCACCCAUCCACCGGAUACUGCUGGUGUGUGCUAGUGGACACUGGACGGCCCAUUCCCGGGACCUCUACAAGGUAUGAGCAGCCCAAGUGUGACAACACAGCCCGAGCUCACCCAGCGAAGGCCCGGGACCUGUACAAGAACAGGCCACUGCAGGGUUGUCCUGGUGCCAAAAAGCACGAGUUUCUGACAAGUGUCCUGGAUGCGCUCUCCACAGACAUGGUUCAUGCCGUCUCUGACCCCUCUUCCUCUUCUGGCAGGCUGUCAGAGCCAGACCCCAGCCACACGCUGGAGGAGAGGGUUGUACACUGGUACUUCAAGCUGCUUGAUAAGAACUCUAGUGGAGACAUCGGCAAGAAGGAAAUCAAGCCCUUUAAGAGGUUCCUGCGGAAGAAAUCCAAGCCCAAAAAGUGUGUGAAGAAGUUUGUGGAAUACUGCGAUAUGAACAAUGAUAAGUCCAUCACGGUGCAGGAGCUCAUGGGCUGCUUGGGGGUCACCAGAGAGGAGGGUAAAGCCAACACCAGGAAGCGCCACACCCCCAGAGGAAAUGCUGAAAGUACUUCUUCUAAUAGACAGCCCAGGAAACAAGGAUGAGUGGCUGACUGCUCAAGACAGACCGUCCCUAGACAUGUGGGAAUCUCCCUCACCAAAGAGCAAUUAAAAAAGGAAAAAAACGAUAUAGUAUUUGCACUUUGUACUUUAAAUGUAAAUUCACUUUGUAGAAAUGAGAUAUUUAAACGGACUGUUGCGAUCUGUGAAAAACGCAAGGCUGGCUUCCGAAAAUUAAUCACAUACAAUGUAUGUGUUCCCGUUUGACCUUCGAGAUCUGUGCUUGAUGGGGCGGGUUUCCAGUGUUUUUCAGCUUCACUUCCUCGUCCCUCUGUGGAGGGCCUGGUUUAUUCCUUUGCCCUUUCCUCUGCCUGCGGUCUCCUUUGGCUUGCUCUCAGUUCUCUCGAGGCAAGCCUACCUUAUCCUUAGAAGUUUGCAGUGGCUGCCUGUUCCAUAAAGCUUUGCUCUCUAGAGAUGUCACUCACACCAUGGGUCACAGGGGCAGGCACUAGCUCAGGCAUAGUCUUAACUUGCAGCAGUCACUGUUUGAGACUCUGCUGUCAGACUCUGUCAGACUCCAGUGUUAGCUUCUGUUUGAGUUUUAGCUCUGCUUGAGCCAACCCUACUGUUAAAUCUCCCGGGGAAUUGAGUAAGCAAACAGCUAGAAAGUCCUCUCUCGGAGAGCAAAUCUAACUCUGGCCGACUGGCUCCAUUUCAUCGGCCCCGGAAGGAUCCGGUCCACCUGCCUCACUGCUACGUGUCCGGGCCUUCCUGCUAGGGUUCACUGGAAAGGAAAAAAUGCCUUCUGUGGAGAUCAGGAGAUCAUGGACCACAUCUGGAGGAAGACACAGCUAGAAUACAUCAUCCCAAGAGUGCCGAACAACAGACAACUGAGAAUGUCACUUUCAUUCUGUGAAGGCCUCGAGGGUUUGAGGGAAGUCAUCCGAGGCCCCUAUGGGAAGAAGGUUUAGGAACUGGAUGACCACACUGUGAGAGACUGGAGUGGACUGGGUGCGUGGUUGCCCGUCACACUCUGACCUAGGUCAGUCUAUAUUCUCUGUUCUCAAGGAACAGUGGCAGAUGGGGGAGAACUGGGGUAAUUUGUUCAGAUUGGGGUUUAUAUGGAAAACUGUUCAUGGUCCCCAGACUCUCAAUAUAUGUCUGUAGAUGCAUUGUGAACACACACACAUACACACACACACACACACACACACACACGUACAUACAUACACACACACAUAAUACACACACAUACACACACAUACACACACA